UUUUCUGAUAUAUUCCCUUUUUUUUUUCUCAGGCUGUAAUUGCUUUCAUUCCUGAGGGUAGGGACAUACAUCAUCUUCUUCUUCUGUAGCUUUCUAUAUCUAUAGCUACAUGCAGCUAGGAGACCCUACUGUGUUGGAAACCUCCACCGGGGAGGCCGCGGCGGCGGAGGGCGGCGGCGAGGCCAUUGGUGGCGAUGAGGGUGAGAAGAUGAACUUUGGUGGUGGAAACCGGUGGCCCCGGCAAGAAACUUUGGCUCUCUUGAAGAUAAGGUCGGAUAUGGAUUCUGUGUUUCGAGAUUCAAGUCUCAAGGGUCCACUCUGGGAAGAAGUUUCAAGGAAACUAGGAGAACUUGGAUAUCAUCGAAGCGCAAAGAAGUGUAAAGAGAAAUUUGAGAACGUUUAUAAGUACCACAAGAGAACGAAAGAGAAUCGAAGUGGAAAAUCCGAAGGCAAAACCAAAACCUACAAAUUCUUUGACCAAUUGCAAGCUCUUGAGAAUCAUCAAUUCACUCUCUCAUACAACCCUACACCAAAGCCACAACCGCCACCCACUUUGCCAACAAACACACUCCCAUUAUUACCAACAAGUUCUAGUGACGCCACCACCACCACCACCACUGUUCCAUCCACAAACCCUACACCACCACCAACCACCACCACAACUGUCGUUACCAACCCUAAUAAUCCAUCGUCACAACAAAAUAUUAAUAAUAUCAAUAAUACUGAUAGUCGUGUGCAACAUUCUUUGCCUAUAAUGAACAACCUUUUCUCUUCUACCUCGACUUCUUCCUCCACGGCCUCUGACGAGGACUUGGAGGAGAAGUACAGGAAUAAGAGGAAAUGGAAGGAGUACUUCAGGAGGCUGACUAGGCAGGUGUUGGCGAAGCAGGAGGAGAUGCAGAAGAGAUUCUUGGAAGCCAUAGACAAGAGGGAGAGGGAGCAAGUUGCUCAGCAAGAUGCAUGGAGGAUGCAAGAGAUGACUAGGAUCAAUAGAGAGCACGACAUUCUCGUUCAAGAACGAUCAACCGCCGCCGCAAAAGACGCCGCCGUUAUCGCAUUCUUGCAAAAGUUAUCCGGCCAACAACAAACUCCACCACCACAACCUCCAAUCACAGUUUCCUUUGGAGCCAAUUUCUUCCAACAACCAACACCGACACCGACACCAACACCAACACCGGUACAAGUACAACCACCACCACAACCACAGCCGCAACCGCAACCACAACCGCAAAAACAAUUACAACCUCCAGCAUUGACUAACGGUGACAGUAGUCCGUGUCCAUUGACGAGUCCUUCAUCAUCAAGGUGGCCAAAAGCUGAAGUACAUGCUUUGAUAAGGCUUAGAACGAGCAUGGAACCGAAGUAUCAGGAGAAUGGACCAAAAGCUCCGUUAUGGGAGGACAUAUCAGCGGGGAUGCAGAGGCUAGGGUACAACAGAAGCGCCAAGAGGUGCAAGGAGAAGUGGGAGAACAUCAACAAGUACUUCAAGAAAGUGAAAGAGAGCAAGAAGCAAAGGCGAGAAGAUAGCAAGACUUGUCCCUAUUUUCAUGAACUCGAUGCUCUCUACAGAGAAAAAAGCAAAGGCCACAACACCAACACUUUCUCCUUUCACAUCACGAAUAAGACCAAUGAGAUGAUGAUGGAGCCGUUGAUGGUGCAACCCGAGCAGCAAUGGAGGCCUCCCCCUCAGCAGCAGCAGGAUAAGGAUGUGGAUAAGAGUAAUAAUGCAUGCCAUGAAGAUGAUGAAUCUAGAAAGAGAGAGAGAGAAUAUGAUCAUGAAGAAGAAGAGGAGGAUGAUGAUGAUGAUGAAGUAGUAGAUGACGAUGAUGAUGGUGAUGGAGAUAGUGUGGAAGAUGAAGGAGGUAACCGUUAUGAGAUUGCGACAAAUAAACUUUCUUCAGUGGACGCGGUUGAAUGAGACAAGAUAAGGAAGUUUCUGAUUGGAUGGAAUCAUGGAAGAGAGUUUAUGUAUUUUACUUCUUCUUUUUUUUUCUUUCAAAAACAAAAUUCUAUUAUUAUUAUUAUUAUUAUUAAUAUUAUUUUCUUUUCACUUGUUCUCAAUAUUAUCAUCACAGAAGUUUGUGAUAAAAGGCACAAUGGCAUGAAGCAAAAAAAGAAGAAUUAUUUGUUUCAAUUAUGAGAGGUAUGUGUCUUGUUCUUUGCAAUGUGAGGGUGCACAAGGUACCUAUCUGACAGACUUUUAUGUGAUGAAUAAUGGGCCAUCUCAAAAGGAGAUCAUUGGUUUUGUGGGUCAGAUUCCGGAGCCGCCAUGAAACUCAGAUCAGAGAUUUAAAACAAAAACAAAACAGUUCACAUGGGCCAGCAAAGCACCUAUAGUGGGGAAGAGACUACAUGUAUGUUUUUUAGGCUUAUAUUAUAUUAUUUAUUAUUUAUUUGUAAAGUGUAAAUUCAAGAUCACACAAAAAGAAAGAGAGAGAAACAAGGGGGUCCAUGUAGGAUAAAAUAAAAUAAUAACAAGGCACAUGCCAAGUCCUGUAAUUUUCUUUCUUCUUCUUUCUUUUUUUUAUUUUAAUUUAUUGUUGAAAAUGGGUGGAGCUAGAUACCACAGAACCACCCUGUAAGUAGUACUUUCAUGUUUUAUGUUCUUGGAAGUUCCUAAUUAUUGUUAGUUGGGUGUGUGGAAUUGUUAAAUAGUGGAGUGGAGGAGGACAUUAUUAAUUUCUUAAAUAAUCUUGUUAAUUUCUCCCAUCAUUGACUUUAUGAACUUAGUUGGAAGACUUGAGAAGAUG